GCCGGGGGGAGCGGCGGCAGCGGGGGGGCUCUUACAGGCGGCAGCGAUGCGGGUCAGGAUGAUUUCAGCCGCCUCCGUCCUCGUCCUGCUCUUCCUGCCCUCGGAGACCUGCUCACCCCUGCAGCGGCCGUGGGGCCCGGCCCCCCAACCCACCUGGGAGCCUUGGCCGGGACCCCCUCGCCCCACCGCCGGCCCCUUGCCCCAUAGACUGUGUCAACGGCGGGGGGCAGAGCCCAGCGCGAACCCCCGCGCCCCGCGGGCCCCGCAGCAAGGCGGCAGGAGGCGGGACAGCAAACCCAACUCGCUGGACCUCACCUUCCACCUCCUGCGCGAGUUCCUGGAGAUGUCCCGAGAGGAGAGACUGGCGCAGAAGGCGCUGAGCAACAAGCUCCUGCUGCAGAGUAUAGGGAAAUGAGGGGCGGACCGGCCCCGGAGCGAGCGGCCGCGGCA